CUCGAGUUCGUUCACGAAUCCGGUGAGCUCAAGACUUCCGGCAACGUUGCCACCGGGGCUCUUGGUCGUCAGGAGCGUCGCGCAACCUGCAGCCGCGAGGCGAGAGCAAGCGUUUCCCUCUUCGACAACCGCUAUCACCCGAAGGCCAUGGGCGAAGCGGUCAAGCUCGAUAGGAAGGAAGAGAGGGCACGCAAGAAGCACCAUCACCACAAGCGUCCCAAGGAGACCGGAGGCGAAAGCACCAAACACGACGGCAAUAUAGACAUGGUCGCAGCGGACAAAGAAGGCCUGGAAGCCGAAGAAGCUGAAGGACUCCCGAAGCCGGAGCCUUCGAAGAGCGCCUUUGACGCGGGUGGCGGAUUGAUGGUGACCAGACAUGUACCUUCCAUACUGGAGCUCAGAAAGAAGGCCCAGACUAAAAGGGCGGCCAAACACAAGAAGGCCAAGGAAGGCGGAAAGGCACCGCCCGGAGAGUCCCGAGGGCAAGGACGGUCCAUGGUUUCGUCAGCAGCCAUGUCCCCGACCUGCUUGCCCCAGGAAGCCGGCCGCCUCGCCAAGGACAAAACUGCGGACGAAAGCAGUCCCAAGAAGCACCAGCCGUCCGGUAAAGGCAAGGAACCAGUUCAAGUUUAUUCGGGCUUUAUUACCAUUUGUUCAGAAAUGUAUGUAUGUAUAAGCUCCUAAUCUCGCUCCGCAUAGGUACCGCCGAGUGAGAUGAACAUAAUGACAAUGAUGU